AUGACCACCGAACAGGUGAUGAGCCUCAACGGAGAAACGUCUGACAAGGACACCUUUGACUGCAGUCAUCCCAUACCUCCUGGUUCUGCGCAGUACUUUGAGUACCUCCAGAGCCGAGGAGUGACUCACUUCAAGGUACCGCUGUCAUGGGCUCAGCUCCUUCCUUCAGGCCUCCGCAGCCAGCCCCAGCAGGCUGUGGUCAACUGCUACCAGACCCUGAUGAAACAGCUGCACGAGGUGGGACUUGAGCCUCUGGUCAUCCUUCAUAGAUCCACUGUACCAGACUCUCUGAGAUCAAGGUAUGGAGGCUGGGAGAGCAAGGAGCUGGUAGAGAUGUUUCAGCAGUAUGCAGAGUUUGUUUUUGUAGAGUUUGGAGACCUGGCAAAGACCUGGGUGACACUGAGCAGCCUGGAUGAGCUGGAGGAGGCUGAGCUGCAAAAUGCUCUUAAUGCACAUGCUAGUGUCUACCGCCGUUACCACCAACUGUUUCCAGAGAGAGGAGAUGCCCAGGAUUAUGAUUCUGACAGGGCUGCUGCAGUAAUGGCCGACCGCACCUGGCUUGAAACUGGCUCCAACUGGCUGAGGAUCACUCCAUUUGGAUUUAGGAAACUUCUCGAAUUUAUUAAGGAUGAGUAUGGAAACCCACCCAUCUAUGUCACCGAGAAUGGGGUGUCAGAGAAAGGAGCAGUGGACUUGAAUGACGUCCCCAGACAGUACUACUACGAGAACUACAUUAACCAGGGCCUGAAAGCCCGUGUUCUGGAUGGAGCCGAUCUAAGAGGCUACACAGCCUGGUCAUUAAUGGACAACUUUGAGUGGGCUGAGGGCUAUGCUGAGCGAUUUGGACUUUUCUUUGUGAACCGCUCAGACCCUAAUCUGCCUCGCAUCCCUAAAGUGUCAGCAUCUCACUAUACCUCCAUCAUCAAGUGCAACGGCUUCAAAGAUCCAGCCCUCGGACCCCAUGAGUGCUUGACCCCUGACGAUGGAGGUACACCUCCAACUACACCUGAAGUUAAACCUACAGAUCCGCCUGCAGCUGAGAUAACAACUACCCCAACUGUGACACCACCAGAGAACCCUGAAGUGACACCCACCCCUGGUGAUCGUUUGGCGAGAGUAGCCUUCUUGGGUCGGCAGCUUUCAGCUGAUGAUGCUGAAGUGUCCCUUUAUGUCCUAUUCUCUUUGUCCUGGUCCAGGAUCUUUCCUGAUGGUACUCCUUCCUCCCUGAACCAGAAAGGUGUUGACUAUUACAAUAAACUCAUUAAUAGCCUGAUAGCAAAUAAAAUCACUCCCAUGGUGACACUUUACCAUUGGGACCUCCCUCAAGCUUUGCAAAACCUCGGUGGCUGGGAGAAUGAAAACAUGAUUAACUUUUUUAAUGACUAUUGUGACUUCUGCUUUGCCACCUUUGGUGACAGAGUGAAAUUGUGGAUGACCAUCAACCAGCCUCACUCAAUUGCAUGGUUAGGAUAUGGGCUUGGACAGAUCCCUCCAAAUGUUAAGAAUCCAGGAACCACACCAUAUAUAGUUGCACACAACCUGAUCAGAGCUCAUGCCAAGGCUUACCAUACAUAUGAUGACAAGUAUCGCACAUCCCAAGGAGGUCUUGUAUCUAUUGCCCUCAAUGCUGACUGGAUUGAACCUAAAGAUGCCAAUGCUCUCCGUGACGUGGAGUCUGCUGACCGCACACUGCAGUUCCAACUGGGCUGGUUUGCACACCCCAUUUUCAAGAAUGGCGACUAUCCUGAUGUAAUGAAGUGGCAAGUUGGAAACAAAAGUGAACUCCAAGAUCUUUCAGGGUCAAGACUACCUUCCUUCACUGAAGAGGAAAAGAACUACAUCAAGGGAACUGCUGACAUGUUCUGCAUAAAUCAUUACACUACAAAGGUAGUAACUUUUGCUGUAGGUAGCACUGCUGUGAUCUCCCAUCCAACAUUCAGGGGUAUUGCAUUCAUGUACGACCGCACCUGGCUUGAAUCUGGCUCCACCUGGCUUCAGAUCACUCCAUUUGGAUUUAGGAAAAUUCUCAACUUCAUCAAGGAGGAGUAUGGAAAUCCCCCCGUCUAUGUCACAGAGAAUGGGAUCUCAGAGAAAGGAGCAGUGGACUUGAAUGACGACCACAGAAUCUACUUCUACGAGAACUACAUUAAUGCAGGCCUGAAAGCGGUAGUCACAGAUGGAGUGAAUGUGGAGCGGUUCACAGUGCAGUCACUCAUGGAUGGAUUUGAGGGAAACCAAGGCUACAAUCAAAGAUUUGGGCUUCACUCUGUCAACUUUGAAAAUCCAGACAGACCGAGAACCCCAAAGCAGUCUGCGUACUUCUACUCACAGGUUAUCCAACAAAAUGGUUUUGGUGUAUACAAAGGUGAUGUUUCGACAGGGGUGAAAAUGCCGCUCCCUCGCCGUUUACCUGCUUUACCACCAUCAGAGGUUCCAUCUAAAUCAAAGGUCGUCUGGGAGACAUUCUCACACCAGUCAAGCUUCCAGAGACAAUCGUACCACUAUGGCACUUUCCCAGAAGACUUCAGUUGGGGAGUUUCAUCUUCAGCUUACCAGAUUGAAGGAGGCUGGAAUGCUGAUGGAAAGGGGCCCAGUGUCUGGGAUACAUACACUCAGACACCCGGCAAUACUCUUGCUGAUGCUACUGGAGAUGUAGCCUGUGACAGCUACAACAGACUUGAUGAAGACAUCUACAUGCUGAGAGCUCUGAGGGUGAAGUCAUACAGAUUCUCUUUGUCCUGGUCCAGGAUCUUUCCUGAUGGUACUCGUUCCUCCCUGAACCAGAAAGGUGUUGACUAUUACAAUAAACUCAUUAAUAGCCUGAUAGCAAAUAAAAUCACUCCCAUGGUGACACUUUACCAUUGGGACCUCCCUCAAGCUUUGCAAACCCUCGGUGGCUGGGAAAAUGAAAACAUGAUUAACAUUUUUAAUGACUAUUGUGACUUCUGCUUUGCCACCUUUGGUGACAGAGUGAAAUUGUGGAUGACCAUCAACCAGCCUCACUCAAUUGCAUGGUUAGGAUAUGGGCUUGGACAGAUCCCUCCAAAUGUUAAGAAUCCAGGAACUACACCAUACAUAGUUGCACACAACCUGAUCAGAGCUCAUGCCAAGGCUUACCAUACAUAUGAUGACAAAUAUCGCACAUCCCAAGGAGGUCUUGUAUCUAUUGCCCUCAAUGCUGACUGGGUUGAACCUAAAGAUGUCAAUGUUCUCCGUGAAGUGGUGGCUGCUGACCGCGCACUGCAGUUCCAACUGGGCUGGUUUGCACACCCCAUUUUCAAGAAUGGCGACUAUCCUGAUGCAAUGAAGUGGCAAGUUGGAAACAAAAGUGAUCUCCAAGAUCUUUCAGAAUCAAGACUACAGGAAAGUGAUUCACCAGCUACAGCCAUCCAAAACCAGAGAGCUGUGGCAUGGGGCUUGAGACGACUCCUCAACUGGAUCAAGGAGGAGUAUGGAAAUCCACAGAUUUAUGUUACUGAGAAUGGAGUGGCUACAACCACUGAGAUCACAGUUGAUGACACAGACAGAGUAUUUUUCUACAAAACCUAUGCUGAUGAGGCUUUAAAGGCUCAAAAUCUUGAUGGUGUAAACGUGAAAGGAUACAUGGCAACAUCUCUCAUGGAUUCUUUUGAGUGGAAGAGUGGAUACAACUUUGGAUUUGGAUUGCACCAUGUUGACUUCAAUGACCCAAAAAGACCAAGGACAGUCAAGUACUCAGGUCUUUUUUAUAGCCAGGUCAUGAAGGACAAUGGUUUCCCACUACCAGAUGAUGAGAAGACACUCUAUGGAGAGUUUCCAAAAGAUUUUUAUUGGAGCACUGCCAGCGCCUCUUACCAGAUUGAAGGCAGCUGGAGAGCUCACGGAAAGGGACUGAGUAUCUGGGACAAGUUUGCCCAUACUCCUUUGAGAGUGGGCAACAGCGACAAUGGCGAUAUUGCUUGUGAUAGUUACAACAAGGUUGACGAGGAUGUUGAAGUGCUGAAGAAGUUGAAAGUGUCCCACUAUCGCUUCUCUGUGUCCUGGCCCAGAGUGCUUCCUGAUGGCACUAAUAAGUACAUCAAUGAAGAUGGACUCAACUACUACCACAGAUUACUGGAUGCUUUGAAAGCUGCAAAUAUUAAGCCCCAGAUUACACUGUACCACUGGGAUCUUCCAUUAGAGCUACAGAAAGUAGGAGGCUGGGAGAAUGAAACCAUUGUUCAAAGAUUCAGAGACUAUGCUGAAGUUUUAUUCAGCCGACUUGGAGAUAAAGUAAAGUUCUGGAUCACCCUCAAUGAGCCCUACAUUGUAGCCAACCUUGGCUACGGAUAUGGGACCUUUGCUCCAGGUGUUGUGAAUAAGCAGUACAAUGCAGCUCACAACCUAAUCAAGGCCCACGCUGAGGCCUGGCAUCUCUACAAUGAGAAGUAUCGAGCAACGCAGAGUGGUGUCAUCUCCAUUACCAUCAAUUCUGAUUGGGCUGAGCCAAGGAAUCCAUAUAAGCAGGAGGAUGUGGAUGCAGCCAGACGCUACUUGCAGUUCUUUAUUGGCUGGUUUGCCCAUCCCAUCUUCAGAGGGGAUUAUCCCGAAAUAAUGAAAACAACCAUUCGUGAAAGAAGCCUCGCUGCAGGUCUCGCUAAAUCAAGGCUUCCGGAGUUCACGCCUGAGGAAAUCGCGAGGAUCAACGGGACUCACGAUUACUUCGGCUUAAACCAUUACACCACGGUUCUUGCAUACCCUUAUGAUUUAGGAAAUCGGCAGGAUUAUGAAGGUGACAGGGGCACGAGACAAACUUCCGACCGCACCUGGAUUGGCUCUGGCUCCUUCUGGCUGAAGAUCACUCCAUUUGGAUUUAGAAGGCUCCUCAAGUUUAUUAAGGAGGAGUAUGGAAAUCCAUCCGUCUAUGUCACAGAGAAUGGGAUCUCAGAACGAGGAGUAGUGGACCUGAAUGACGUCUUCAGAGUCCACUACUACGAAACCUACAUUAACCAGGGUCUGAAAGCCCGCCUUCUGGAUGGAGUUGAUCUGAAAGCGUACACAGCCUGGUCAUUGAUGGACAACUUUGAGUGGGCUGCUGGCUUUGCCGAGCAAUUUGGUCUUUUCUUUGUGAACCGCUCAGACCCUAAUCUGCCUCGCAGCCCUAAAAACUCAGCACUUCGCUAUGCUUCCAUCAUCAAGUGCAAUGGCUUCCCAGAUCCGGCUCUUGGACCCCAUGAGUGCUUGAUCCCUGACGAUGGAGCAUCAGACAGCAGCAGGAUCCAUGUGUGCAUCUCCAAAGAGUGCAUGGUUCCAAAGACGGCAUGGGUUUAG